ACUUAAUAUUCCACAUUCUACUCAUAUCUUUCCAAUGUGGGAUUUCCAUCACACUUAAUAUUCAACAAAACACUGUCGCUUAUAAGGCAAUUGAAGGCACCCAAUGGGAGUUAUUGAAGCCCUGUAUGAACGGAAUGAACGCUUGGCUUUUUGUUCAUACUGAAGAAAUUUCUGAGGCUUUGGAGUUGAAUGUGGAGGAGAAUGAUUUUACUUGUGCGGUGUUUGAAGGGGGGUUGUAUGGGCCUGGUGGUUUCCGGCGGCUGAUGAGUAUGCCGACGAGAGAUGAGUUUUAUGGUGGGCUUUUGGGCGGGUUGCAGAGCCCUUUGAUUGGGUUGGUUUGUUGUUUGGAAGCUCCGGUUAGAGAUUUGAUUGCGGAGGUUGAAGAUUGAACCCUGGUUUUGGUAGGAAUAAAGGUCAUUGUGGUCCUUCAAUUUGUGCGUCGGCUCAAUUAAUUUAUUAAUACUUUUAUUGCGGUUUUGGUACGAUUUGGGAGUUAUUUGAUCUAAAAGAAAAUAUUAUCUCUGAUUAGUUAAAAUUGCUAAAUUUGAAUUAAUCUAAGUACAAGUUAAAUUAGCUCAUGGAAGGUAGCAUAAAGUCCUCAGAGAUUUGUUGUUGAUGUGUUUUGAACAUUUUUCCUCCUAAAUCAAUUGCAUUAUUAAUUUUAACUAA